CUAGAAGCGCACGUCCCCCGCCUUUCUGCAGCGGAACCGGCGAUCCGCCUCUCUAUAUAAGACCGGGGCGUCGCAUGUAGCCCUCCACAACCUCCAGGAUGAAUUUCUCUUCGGAUUCCCACUAUUUGGCCUCUUCCUACAGGAAGAUAUUCGGGGAGCCGCCCCGCUACUCCUCCCGUCUUGGCAGUUCGGCCACAGCCGGCAGUUAUCGAUCUCAGUCUGUAUCCCGCUGUAGCAACCGCGCCGUCUCGUAUCGCUUGGCGCAGGCAGACACCUUGGAUCUCAGCCAGGCAACGGCGCUGAAUGACGAAUUUCGGCUGACCCGCACCAAUGAGAAGGAGCAGCUGCAGGGACUCAACGACCGCUUCGCCGGCUACAUCGAGAAAGUGAGGCAGCUGGAGCAGCACAAUCGCCUCCUGGAGACCGAGCUGAGCGCACUGCGGCAGCGUCACGCCGAGCCCAGCGGCCUGGCCGAACUCUUCCAGAAUGAGCUCCGCGAGCUGAGGGCCCAACUGGACGAGACGGAGGCCGCCCGGGCACAGGGGGCGCUCGAAAGGGAGCGGCUGGCCGAGGAAGUGCAGCUCUUACGGGCGCACUGCGAGGAGGAGGCGCGAGCCAAGGCGGAGACUGAGCAGGCGUUGCGCGCGCAGCAGCGGGAGGUGGAUGGCGCCACCUUGGCGCGCAUGGCUCUGGAGAAGAAGGUGGAGGCCCUGCUCGACGAGCUGGCCUUCCUGCGCAAGGUCCACGCCGAGGAGGUGGCCGAGCUGAGCGUCUCCUUGCAGCCAACCCAGCUGGCUGCCUUCGAGCCGGACGCCACCAAGGCCGAUCUGACUGCGGCGCUGAAGGAGCUACGCUCGCAGUACGAAGGGUUGGCAGCCAAGAACCUGCAGGCGGCCGACGAGUGGUACCGCGCCAAGUUCGCCAACCUCAGCGAGCAGGCGGCGCGCAACAACGAGGCCAUCCGAGCCAGCCGCGAGGAGAUCGGCGAGUACCGCCGCCAGCUGCAAGCCCGCACUUUAGAGGUGGAGAGCCUGCGCGGAGCCAACGAAUCCCUGGAGCGGCAGCUAAAUGAGAUGGAGGAGCGGCACAACGCCGAAGCGCUUGGCUUGCAGGAUACCAUUAGCCAGUUAGAAAGUGAUUUGAGAGAUACAAAGAGUGAAAUGGCUCGGCAUCUGAGGGAAUAUCAAGAUUUACUAAAUGUCAAAAUGGCCUUGGAUAUAGAGAUAGCAGCAUACAGGAAGCUGUUGGAGGGUGAGGAGACACGUUUUAGUACUUCAGGCAUGAGCAUCUCAUCUCUGAAUCCCCUUUCCAACCCUACUUACUCUUUCCAACCCAGGCUCUUUAGUUCAUCUGUAGCCAGCAGCUCCAAAAUGUCAUCCUCUUUCUAUUUUAAGAAAGAUGAGAAAGAGGAAGCUAAAUUAACCUCAAAAAUUUCAUCAAGCCAGGUAGGAGAUCCCUUUGGUGAAAUGAUAGAGGAAACCGUAACAGCCACUAAAAAAACAAACUUGGAAGAAGGAAACACUGUCAAUCAAAAAAUGUAACCACUGACCUUAAGUACAGUUACACGCAAGGGAUAAUAAUAUAGCUUAAGUCUUUAAAUUGCCUAUACCUGAAUUAAGGUUCUUACCCAGAUCACAUCAAUUUAACUUUCUAAUGUUUCACAGUAAAUUAUUUCAAUAGGAGAAAUACCGAGGCUCAAAGAUUAAUUUAGAAAUACUGUAGUAAAUCUUGUUUGCCAACUGCAUUGCUAUAAGGCAGACAUGUCUCCCAAUUGCUGAAUUAAAGAGAAAAUAAGCAUGUGCUAACACACACACUUGUGGUCUUAAUAAUCAUGUUUCUGAUUUAUUUCUGCCGAGCACAACAUUCAAGUUGGGAAAAAUCUAGCAACUAAAUCACAUUAGUGAAAUGAAGAUUAAUCCUUAUUGUCUGCCUCGUAAAAUAAAGAAACUGACAGAUAAUUCAAUUAUUUAAUUUCCAGAUCAUGAACUUUAUUUCGUUUUAGUCCUUCUAGACCACAGAAAUGUAAAAAAUACAAAUAUUUAUUUUACUUUGUGGUCUAUGCACGUUACAAGGAAAUACAAAAUUAUCUAGGAAUGUUAGGUAGAAAAUACGAACAAGGUUUAGGAAGAUGA